CCCAAAAAUUUAUUAAGAAGAAAAAAGCGCGAACGAUGUAAUGACCCUCGGAAUGUCGGGGACGUUCCAGGCAUGCCAUCAUUGCUUCUCCUUCGCUUUUCUUUUCUUAAAAGCAUCCUCCAAAGCCAUCAAACCAUCCCUCUCUCUCUCUCUCUCUCUCUCUACUCCUUCUCCCACCUGCCAUGCCAACAUCGCCGGGAGCUUUGCCAGCAAACCAGCCGGACUUCCGAGCUCCUCCACCCUCCCCAAUCGGCAAUGCGAUUGCUCGUCGACCGGCAGUGGUAAACGAGGACGAGAUCACCGAAUUUCUCGAACACUCGCUUCGUGUUCCCGAUCUCAUCCUGCCCGAGCAGAUCUUCCCUAGACAGAUCCCAAUCGGAGACCCGCCAGAAAUCGACUUCGAGUCAAUAAGCUUGCUAGACAAGAAUUCCAUUUCAAAGGUUCUAGAACCGGCCACUGUAGUCGGUUGCUUUCAGAUCGUGAAUCAUGGAAUAUCGGCGGACUUGAUCCGAUCCGUUUCAGCCGCCGCUGACGGACUUUUCCGGAUAUCAUCAGAGAACAAAGCGACUGUGUUGAGAUCAUCGGCAAAGUUGUACGGAUUCGAGGAGUUUUCCGGCGGCGAGGAGAGUGAUGCGGAUACCAGUGAAGAGUUUGUUUGGUGUAUGGACGACGGUUUGAAUUCGGUAAUGGAGCGCAUCUGGCCAGAUGGAUAUUCAAAUUUCAGUGCGAAAAUGAAGAACCUCUCAAAGGAGGUGGAGAAGGUGGCAAACAAGGUUUUUCUACAUAUGCUCUCGGAAAGCACCCUCAUUAGAAGAGCUGAAAAGGAAGAGGGACAAGAAUUCUGCGACUCGAUGACCUGUAUCUACAAGCAUCGCCGGAAUAUUCCGGCUGCCCGGUGUAUCAGCUCUUUGAAAUCCGAUGUCAUUCGAAUGCUGAUAAGAGGAUCAGAUUACUCUCAUGCCCUGUGUGUGCAUAUAUGCGAGGGCUCCUCAGAGUUUCAUGUUUACUCAAAGAAAGGUUGGAUGUCCUUCUCCCCAAAUAAAGAUGCAAUUGUUGUUACAGUUGGAGAUCGAAUACAGGUAUGGAGUGGUGGGCAAUACAGGCAUGUAGUUGGAAGACCAAUUUUCAGAGUAGAAGAUGAUGAGGACCCUAUAUCAAUGGCUUUUCUCUAUUCACCACCAACCAUUAGUCAUCAAAGCCCCCACGGAAACAGAAACAGGACCAUUUCACUUGGCCAACAAGCCAUAACAGCUAUACUCUUGAUACUUGCUUACCACUUUUUACUCUAUAUUUAUAAUAAGUUUUGAGCUUCUCAAGAUUUUCCUUGGUCCUGGUAAAUUCUGUAGAUGAUAAGAAAAGAAAAACAUAUUGGACGAUUCUAGUUCUAGUUGACCCGUCCUAAUUUGAGAACAUCACGUCACUUUUUCAAGGAGCUAGCAGUAUCCUUCACAAAGCUGAAAAACUAAAUAACUCCUUGGCGUUUUGGAGUCCUUGUUGUGUAUUUCAAAGGGACCAUUUUAUUAAUUUCUGUCAUUUUAGUACUUUCUUUUUCUGAAGACUGGGCCAACUUGUGUGGUAGCUGGACUUGGUGAUGCUUAGUGCAAAGUUUAUGAAAAUAUUGGAGAAUGUAGAGGUUGAGUGGACAGUUAAACUGCAGACAUAAAGAGUGAUUUGGUGCAGGCUGAAGGUUUCAAAAGCGAACGAGAAGGCCAAAAAGAACGUGACUGGAGUACGAAAAAGAAGAGUUGAAGAUCUGAUAGCUAAAUGCAGCUAAGUCCAAAUAUAUAGUUGCGGUAAGACUUAAAUGGAGUUCAGUUCAUCUAUUCCUUCGUACCCAAUUCCAGGUUCUGAGUCACAGUGUUAUAUUAUUGAUUAAUUACCAUGGUCGAGGUUGCAGGCGAUCUUGCUUCCAACCGAACCAAUUGCUUUCUCUCA